AUGGGAAAUGAGCAGCAACAAUCACCAUCAGUUGCCAAGUUUAUUAAUUCCCAUUUACAGUUAAGCCAUGUCUUCCAUUUUCUGUUCUUUGUUAUCGGUUUGUCCGUUGGAAUCACUAUCGCUUCACAUUUGAAAUGUUUCUUCAAUUCACGAGCUACCAUGGUUUCUCUUACACUAUCCCCACCACCAGAAGUACUGCUGCUGGAACCACCACCACCACCAUUAAUAAAACCAUUUUUUCCGCCACCAGCAUCACCACCAACCCUUUUACCCGAUAUUAGGCCACCAAUUAUGCACAAAAUGGAUGAUGACGAGUUGCUUUCACGAGCAUCGAUGAUUCGAAGGAUUCAAAAUUUUCGACAUGGUCAACAUGUCCCUAAAGUUGCUUUUAUGUUCUUGACCAAGGGACCUAUACCUUUGGCUCCUUUGUGGGAGAAGUUCUUUCGAGGCCAUGAAGGGUUUUAUACUAUAUAUGUUCACCAUCUCCCCUCUUACAAUGAGUCAAUGCCUGACGGUUCUGUUUUCCAUGAAAGAAGAAUUCCAAGCAAGCCUGUGGAAUGGGGAAGACCGUCGAUGAUCGACGCAGAGAGGCGCCUACUAGCCAAUGCCCUUCUCGAUGCAUCUAAUGAGAGAUUUGUGUUGCUCUCAGAGACUUGCAUUCCUAUAUUCAACUUCACAACAGUAUAUAACUACCUUAUUAAUGCCAAUGAAAGCUUUGUAGCGUCAUAUGAUGAUCCAAGGAAGGUAGGCCGUGGCAGGUACAAUCCAAAAAUGUUCCCUACAAUCACCGUUUCCGAUUGGCGUAAAGGGUCUCAGUGGUUCGAGGUCAACCGGAAACUGGCCAUCGAAAUCGUAUCCGAUACCAAGUAUUACCCCAUCUUCAGAGAGUAUUGUAGCCCUCCAUGUUACAUGGACGAGCAUUAUAUUCCUACACUUGUGAACAUUCGUUGCCAGGAUCAAAAUUCGAAUAGGAGCAUUACCUGGGUUGAUUGGUCUAAGGCCGGUCCGCAUCCUGGAAAGUUUGUGAAGCAAGCUAUUUCUGAGGAGUUCUUGGAUCAAAUAAGAUUUGGUAGAAACUGCAGUUAUAAUGGCAAUACUUCUUCAGUAUGUUUUCUGUUUGCUAGGAAGUUCCUACCAAACACUCUGCAGCCGUUGUUGCAGCUUGCACCUACAUCACUACAUUUUUAA